AUGAUCAGUCCAUUUUGUGUUCAAGUUCCAAGUGUUUCUAGUACUUCUACUUGUUCAAAUCCUCCUGAUUUAAAGGAUAUACAGUGUACUAAAAAUACCAUCAUUCAUGAUUUAGCCGAUUUGGGUGAUCGACAGAGUGGACCACGACGUCCUCAACUAGCAGCUUAUAAAAAAAUUAAGUUCGGAGAAAAGUUUAGAUCUUUUCGUAGUCAGUGGUAUACAGAAUGUGAAUGGUUGGAGUAUAGUUUCCAACGUAAUGCUGCAUUCUGUUUUGUAUGUUGUGUUUUUGGACCAGAUAAUAGUGAAGAUGCAUGGACUAGGACUGGCUUCAGCAAUUGGCAAAAACUUAUUGUAAAACUUAAAAGUCAUUUAGCUACUAUUAACCAUAAAAAAAAUGAAUCAAGGAUAAUGGCAUUUAAGUGUAGUCAAAAAGCUGGAUCAGUUGUUACUCAAUUAUCUAGUUUUCACAAAGAAGAAGUUGCAAAAAAUUGUAUGUAUAUGUCAAGUUUAAUUGAAAUAAUUUUAUACAUUGCAAAACAAGGCAUUGCAUUAGGAGGACAUAAUGAAGGAACUGAUUCAAUAAAUCAAGGUAAGUAG